AAUAUACAUUUCGAUAUGUGGAAGCCGUUUGAAGCUGGUAGUUCGCCAGUUGACUGGUGCGAACGUAAUUAUAGCAUCUCUUCUAGUAUCGCAGAAUUUAUGAAUACGUUGAGUAAUGUAGUAUUUUUAUUACUUCCUCCUGUUCUCAUGCAUCUCUUCAGAGAUUAUGGUCGUUUUGUGAAUCCAGGGAUUCAUGUAAUUUGGUUCUUACUAAUGAUAGUAGGUCUUAGCAGUGCAUAUUUUCAUGCUACUCUAUCUCUUAUAGGACAAUUGUUAGAUGAAUUGGCAAUUUUAUGGGUGUAUAUGGCUGGUUUUUGUAUGUUUUUUCCAAGAAGAUAUUUUCCAAAUAUUUUACACAAUGAUAGAAAACUUCUAGCAGUAUGUGCAGCUUUACCAACUCUAAUUGCAACUGGUUUAUCAUUUAUACAUCCUGCAGUAAAUGCAUUUGCUUUAAUGAGUCUUGGUAUACCUGCAUUUGGAUUUAUGAUCAUUGAAUUAAAAAGGACUACCUCAAUGAGGGUUUAUAGAUUGGGUUUACGAUGUGGUGCUGUAUGGUUAUUAGCAGUUGCUUGCUGGCUAAAUGAUCGUUUAUUUUGUGAUACUUGGCUGAACCUGAAUUUCCCUUAUUUACAUGCACUUUGGCAUUUGUUUAUUUUCAUUGCAAGUUACACAGCAGCUGUACUUUUUGCAUAUUUUUCUGUAAAAGAAGAAAAACCACAGCAAUCACCAGUACUAAAGUAUUGGCCAAAGGAUGACUUUGAACUUGGUAUACCAUAUGUAACUAUUAAAAGUUACAUUAAACUUGAUAUUCAUACAAAUAUAUAA